ACCAGUUGUCUUCAUCAAUUCCUGCUGCUGCUUCAGACCAAGGUUUCUGGGUAAAAGUCUGCAGGGGGUUCACCAUGGUGCAAGAGGAGAAUAACGGGAUAAACAGAGACAUGAUUAUUCCACCAAUUCAAGACAACAGACCUACAUUGUCAUGGCAAUUUACAAUCAAGGACAAGAUGACGCUUGUGCCUCCCUGUCUUGGCAAGUUCAGACCAGCUGUAGGUCAGUGCUGCCACCAGUGCACUCCGGACAGCCUGCGUAAGAAGCUUGGACAAAACUCUUCACUUGGCUUUCGUAACCUGCUGAGUGUCAAUGAAACACAAACCAGAUUUCGUGGCUGGCUGGUGCGGAGGGUUUGCUGCAUGCUGUUUGUGAGCGGGUGCAAAGUUUAUGCGAGUCCUGUUGUCAACAGACUGGAGAACGUCUGUCAGAGCAACAGGGUUAAGGAGGUGCUUGCAGCAGACCAGAAAACACCUGCGGGGCAAGACAGCCAAGGGCAGAUUAACCGCCUCACACCAUUCCUCCCUCUCAUUAAGACCUGCAUCUCUCCUGGCCUCUUACGAUUCAUGGGCUGGGUGAUGCUGAAGAUGUUAUCUUCUGUUUUUGGAAACAUUCAAGUCAACCUCAACCAUCUGUCUGCAUUGCACUCAGUCUCACAAGAGGGAUCUCUGCUGGUUUAUGUCCAUGUGCGUCAGAGCAUCAUGGACUGUGCUCUCAUCCCUCUGGUGCUUCUCUGUCACAACCUGAGAGUUCCAUACACUGUUUGUCCUCAUCAGGUUUACAGCUCCCCCCUAAGAUCAAUCCUGCAGAGAGUAGGUGUGGUCCUCCUUCCACUGUCUGCAUUGACUGAGCAAGAAGCUGAGAUGGACAGCCUGUACUCACCUAUCAUGGCCUCUCUGGUACGUGAGCUGCUACAUGAGGGCCAGGCGAUAAGUGUUGGUGUGUCAGCAGAGUCUGGCCAAGGUGGCCAGUGGCUGGCUCACAUCAGACAGCUCAUCAAAGAGAGAUCUGUCCCUGACGUCAGUCUGGUCCCUGUGGGCAUCUCCUACGACUGUGUGCCCGAAACCAACAUACAGGUCAGUUUAAGCACAGUGUUUCAGUGGCUUUGGUCUGUUCUCUGGAAGAGACCAGAAGGAAGUGUGAGGAUCCACUUUGCUCAGCCCUUUUCUCUCAAGGAGAUGUGUGAGUCAGGCAGGUGCAGAGUAGAUGAAUGGCUCCCUCUACAGGACCUGUUGCUGCCUGUUAUCCUCGACAAUGGAACCGUCAGAGCAUUUGGCCGGAGGCAGAUGUCGUGGCUCCUGCCUUCACAUUGUGCAUCUGAGCUUAAAGAGCCAACUCCUCCAGAUAGAGAUACCCUGAGUAUUGCCAUCAUCCUCCACCUUGUCUUCUCGGCAACUUCCUGCAUGGCUGUGAUGUCCACCAGCCUGGUGUCCAGUCUUUUGCUUUAUAAACACUGCAAGGGCGUUAGACUUUCUGUCUUGUGUCGUGAUGUCGCUUGGCUCACAGAGGAACUGUUGUUCAGAAACAAAGAUGUCGGCUUUGGGGGAAAUCUAACAGAGGUUCUCCACUAUUCCUUGUCCCUGCUUGCACCUCACCUCAUCAUUGCUGCACUGCCAUCCAGGGAAGACCCUUUCAUUGUGCCUCGUCCCUCCCUCACUGCAGCACUUCACCUUUCCCUCCAGGCCCAGAUUGUCAUACACACCUUUAUAUCAGAAGCUGUUGGUGCAUGCGCAGUGUCCGCCAUGCUGUGCGAAGUUGCCGUCAGUGUGGUCAGCAGCAGUGUGAACAGUGACAGCGUGGAUGGAGUGAAGGUCAGAGGUGACAUGGACUUUGAUGUGGUGCUCUGCCAGUCUGAGUUGACUGAGCGCGCCCUGCAGCUUUGCCAUCUCCUGCCUCCAGGCUUCAUGCCACCCUGUCAAUCAUCGCAGAGUUUUUCUCUCGAUGCCAUUGACAGUCUAGUACGCUGUGGAAUUCUGAUCAUGGAAGAAAUUCCCAGGGAUGUUCCUAUCUGUGAUUUCUGGAAGAAGGAGGGUGCUUUGGCCUGGACCUCCUCUGACGACCCUUACCAAAGUGACUCUGACUGUGAAGAGCAGGACCUGCAUUCCUACAAGAUAAGCCAGCCUAUCCAAUGUCCCGAGAUGCUCUUUUUCCUCUGCAGUUUGCUGGCCGGACAUCUGAGGGCGCUGUGCUGGACCACGACUGCACUGGACUUCAUUGACACACCUCUGCCAGAGUCAAAGUUUGUGGCUCAGAUACACUCCUGUCUGUGUGACACAGCAAAUAAGAAGAAACAGCACUAUGAGAGCUGCUCAGAGGAGGCUGCAUACACUGCAGUUAGAACACUAAUAGACCUGGGGGUCAUUACAGAGGAACGUCAGGAGGGAGGCGUCUUCCUGCGCGUCUGUCCUUUGUUCCAGUCGCCGGAAAACAGGCAGAAGCUGCAGCACUUCAUCAAACAGUACCUCUACAAUUAAAAUGUUGACUCACGGCCUCGACACGUUUGUCUUUCAGAGUGUGACCUGUUUUUUUUUCUGUUGGUGUCAGAAAAGCUUGUGUUUAGUGUUAAAAAACAAAGACUCACGCUGAGCUGGGACGCUCUUCCCUUCAGGUUAAUUGCAUUUUUGAUUUUGAGACAUUGAUUUGAAGUUUAUCUUUAGUAAUAGCAUUAGCAUAAAGCCACAGGAGACAAAGAUUAUGAGGUCUCUGUAAUCAGUUGUGAGGUUUUGCUCCGUGUUUGUUAUGACGGAGGUUAAAGUUGUUACGUUUGUUAUUUGCGGGGAACGUCUUAGUUGUGCUUUUUUUAUUACAAA